CAUGUAUAGUCACGUGCAUUUAACAUGACAUUGAGGAAACAAAAUGGACGCUGUUAUCAGAGGAACUUUUUGUGUUCUUCAAACCAUUGAGUAGAUGAAACAUGAGUGAUACAGACAGCAAUAGCGACACGGAAGACUUAAUUGAGACAAGCGGCGAUGACGAUGAUGAAGACUUAGGUAAUCCUGAUUACAAGAACUGGGUCAGAGCCGCCAAGGGCCUAGAGUAUCUACAACAGGGACUUGCUCCUUUUGUUUCUACAGAAAUCACUGAAAACGUUACAAAUUUCUUCAAGGGUUUGCCUCUCGCAUCGGGACAAGUUAAUUGCAAUCAAUGCACUAAAGCAAAUUUACUUGCCGACCACCCAGCCGGAAAAUGUAACAGCAAAGAUAGGAACAAAUGUUACUGUAACAUACAGAAAAACAAAAGAAGGCUAUGUCCAAAUGGUAUUUGUAGUAAGCUGUAUCACUUUAUUGUGCAGGAGCAUAGAAGUAACGACCCACUCUGGUUAAAUUCAGACAUUGCAAAAUGGUGCUCAGAUGUAUGGUUUGUAGCAAAAUGCUUCAUGACAUCAAGUUGUGGUACUGCCAAUUCAGCACAAUCCACGGACGCUGCAGGACUUCUUAGUAUUGUUGUGAAUGCAAAGUUCUUCCAACAGAAGUUAACAUGUAAGAUAGAUCCGGGGAAAGAUGAUUUCUCUAAGGCUCGGAAUGCAAGAAACGAAAUACUACACAAAGCAGAAAUGAAGUUGUCUGAACAGGAAUUAUUUUACUACAUCGACCUGUUUGUAGCGGUGUUACACGACCCUAAAACUCUUCUUAACGACAAAGAUGCACAAGAUGCUGUUAAAAAGUUAUUUAAAUUGAAAGACAAUCAAAUUCAUAUAAACAUGGGAGAGAAGAAGAAGAUUCUAUUGGCUAGGGAAGAGGCAUUGAAAGCCUUGAAAACAAUCGAAGAAGAAAAAGAGAAAGCUUUAGAGAAUAUAAUCACCACAAGAGAUGAUACUCUCCAAUGCAUUGAAGACAAAAAAUUAGAAGUUCUAGAUGAACUUGAAGAAGUCAGAGCAGAUGUUAUUUCUGGCAGUGAAAUGAAAAUUGCUAAAACGGUUGAAGAUGUAGCUAUGAUAGAUGAAAGAUUGAAACAAGUAGAAGAAUAUCUAGAAAAUAUCAAGAAGCAGGAAAUUAAACGUUGCAUUUCGAGAAGUCAUAGCAAAGAUGAAAUUCAAGACACAGGAGCAGCAUGUGACCAUUAUUAUGGAAAUACUGAAAUAAAGACAGAUGAAGAUACAAUUGUAAAUGUAGAGGAUGCUGAUGUUUCAUUGAGAGAUUAUCAGAAAGAACUUGCUGAAGAAGGGGUGAAGGGAACAAAUGUGGUAAUAAUGGCGCCUACAAACUCCGGAAAGACACGAGUGGCGUGUAAAAUAACGCAGGAACAUUUACGGAAAAAGAGGGACGGAAAAGUUAUAUUUUUAGUAGAGAACGAAGCUCUAGCCUAUCAGCAAGGAAAGGUGUUCAGUAAACUCCUUCCUGCUUAUAGAACAAAGGUGAUCAGUGGAACCGUUCAAAGAGAUAAAAAGAUGUUUCUUAAAGACUUCAUACACAUGAGGGACAUACUCGUUGUAACAGCACAGAUCUUGUUAAAUUCAUUAAAGACCAAAGAAAUUGACAGCCUAGUACAAUUUUCUCUCAUUGUGUUUGACGAAUGUCACCAUGCCCAUGAUUUGCAUCGAUAUAAUGAAAUAAUGGGCCAUUAUAUUGAUCUGAAAUUGCAAAAUGUUUCACCACUUCCACAGGUUGUUGGUCUAACUGCAUCGCUAGGCGUAGGCGGAAAUUCGGAUCCUAAAGCUGCCAUGGAUCACAUGGAAAAACUUCUUACAAAUUUGGACGCUGCAUUUCUAUGUACAGUUAAACGAAACAAAGAAGGACUCCAAAAAAUAGAAAACAGAGCAAAAGAGCAUAUUGUGGUUGCUGAAGCAAGAGUCGAUGAUUUAUACAAGAAAGCGAUUCUUGAAAACAUGCAUGCUAUUGAUGGUUACAUGAUAAAUCACCCAAGUUUAUCGGAGGUUCCUCAAGCGUCAGAACUAAAGAAUAAAUGUCGAGUCCCUUCGUCGGCGGGCGAUACGCCUUUCCAAAAUUGGCUCAGUGAUUUCAAAAAGGCGCUCGGUGAUGUUCAUUCACAACGUGUUCGAAGAAUGAUGUUUCCAUGCUUGGAGCAUUUAGAGAUAUACAAUAAAUCCUUGAUGGUUCAUGCUGAUGCUAGAAUAAAAGAUGCGCGAGCAGUUCUUGUGGAAUUUAUGGAAGAGCAUCAGUAUAAGACAGACAAAACGGGCAAAAAUGAAACUGAUAAAAUGCUUCUUGAACUAUACGAAAAUUUGAAAGCCAAAUCAUUCGACAAUGAACCAGAAAAUCCUAAACUCUUGAAGCUGGGGGAACUUAUCAUCAAUAUUCUUGGCAACGACAAACAUGCAAAAGGAAUAGUAUUCGUGAAAACAAGGGAUCUUGCAAAAGCUAUAAGCAACUGGAUGAAUGAGACCGACAAUCUGAAGCAAUUUAAUGCUAAGGAAUGUGUUGGACAGGCCGCGUCGUUGAUAAAAGGAUUCGAAAUGUUAUCUGUAUUUCGAGGUAUGACACGAGCAAAGCAGAAGAAUGUGUUGGAGUACUUUAGAGGUGGACAUCAUAAACUGAUUAUUGCUACAUCUAUAGUAGAAGAGGGCAUUGACAUCACAAUGUGUAACCUGGUCAUCCGGUAUGAGCAUGUGACAAAUGAGAUCGUUCGAUUACAGUCCCGAGGACGAGCCAGAGCUGCAAAUAGCAAGUAUUAUGUAUUAACCGAAGCUGGAUCUUGGAUCGUAGGAAAAGAGGAAAAGAACAAAAUGCUUGAAGGUCUGAUGAAUCAAAUUGUGCCACUGUUACAGGCUAAAAUUGAAAAGGAUCCACUCGCUUGGCAACAACGUCUAACUGAAAGACAAAAAUACAUGAAACAACUUGAAGAGGAAAGAAAUGAGAGAGAUCGCAAAGCAAAAAUGGAGCAAGGUGUUAAAGAAUUGCACUGCUUUAAAUGCAGCAAGUUUAUUUGUUUAUCUUCUGACAUCCGUAGAAUCAAAGGCACUCAGCAUGUUGUCAUCGAUCAAGAUGUGCAAAAACGUAUCACCUGGACAAGAAAGCCAAUUCCUAAAUUUAAGAAUGACGACCUUAAAUUUGAUGGCACUACCUUAUGUGGAAACAGCACCUGUAAACAAAAGCUAGGAGGGGUGUGCGAAUAUAUGGGCAUUGAGUUCCCUUUGAUUGCAAUAACUUAUUUUCUUGUCGUUGAUGAAAACAAUAAAGGUAGAACAUUUAAAAAGUGGAAAGACGUAAAUUUCGAUAUUGAAGAUUACAGUUUAGAACAAUUCCAAGAAAUUGUUGAUGAGAGAAAAUGAUGCUGCUGAUUUUUAUAUUUGGUAAUGUUGCAAUGAUUAUCACCUGACGCAAUUACGCUAAAUUUUAAAUAAUUUGUGAUAGAAGUAUUAAAAUACAAUGUGGAAUUUAGACUUUUAUAAACAACACUAAUUCGCUAUAACUGUACUAAUUGUCAAACAUAAAAAGCAAGAGAUGGCUAAGCUGUAAGGGGCCAGUGAAUAACUGUAUUGAAACUGUAACUGGACAAUGAAAAUAAAAAGCUGUUAAAACUAAAAUUUAUAGAAGUGUUGAAGCUUAAUGGCCUUUAAACUACGUUUACAACUUUUCUUAAUACAAUGAAAAUGAAUAAACUAAGUAAGACAUUUGACUUUAUUACUAUAUUUAUUUUGAUUAAAUAUACUUAAAGUACAUUACAAACCCUCCAACAUAAUAAUGAGUAAAUGAUUUACUAGAUAUGUUACAUUUAAUAAAAGGUGCAAUAAAUUGAGAUGCUUAUAU